CGGUCACACUAGACGCGAAAACAGAACUCCACGGUCGUGGGUGAAAAUUUCGAUCGGAGAAUGUGCCAGUGCCUGUGAAAACAAGAAAAAGGCGCCUGGCUUGUGAAAUGGGUGUGGACAACUGCACCGAAGGAAUUAAGAUCAAAAGCUGCACCAGCCUGCCUCUAUCGUGUUAGUGAGAUUGCUUUAGCUUAACCCAAACCCCAACAACAUUGCGAUAACACAUCAUUGUAUCCAGCAAUGGCGAUGAACUCUGCAGAUGUGGACGCCACCUCGGCGCCUGGCAAGUCAAAGUCGAUGCGCACCAGAAAGCGGCGACAGCGCCGGAGGAGACAGAUCGCCUACCUGGUCAUUUGUGGCCUGAGUGUGGUCAUCUUUGGGUUUGCCCUAUCCACGUUGAUCCGGCCAGCGGCCGCUCAGGACGAACCGCCGGCCGCUCCCGAAGCGAGCCCCGAAGCCAGUCCGGGAGCCGGACCGGCAGAGGCCAGCCCUGAUGCUCCCGGUGGUGGUGGGGGAGGUGGAGACGGUGGAGCCGGAGGCGGAGACGGGGGAGGUGCAGGCCCUGGAGGCGGCGAUGGCGGAAGCACAUCCAAUGGUACGGUUUCGGGACCAUGGCGCAUGGGAUACGCAGGCCAUGGAACCACCCACGAACAACUGGGCCAACCUCAUUAUGCACCAGUGGAGUAUAGCGCCUACACGCCAACCUCGAACUAUACCCAAGAGCCUGCACCGCCCACGUCGUCCAUGAAUUCCAUCUACAACUUUACGCACUUUCUCUACGACAAGAUCCUCUACAGCAAUACGCCCAUUCCCGAUGGCUAUAUUAUGGUCAAGAAUGGGGACACCUUGGCUCUGGGACCCAAAGUGGAGGAGAACGACUGGCGUGACUUGCUCCGACACUACUGGCUGGUCUUCAUCAUUGUUUUCCUACUGUUGGUGCUCAUCAUCGUCAUACCAUUCAUUGCGAUUUGUUAUUGCUGCUUCUGUUGCUGUCGCCGGUGCCGCCAAGGCUGUCCGCCAUGCACGACCAAGCAGGAUGCCCAACGUAGAUUCUGCUGUGGCAUCUGCCUGCUGUUCCUCAUCAUUGGACUGAUCUUUGGCAUCAUCAUUGCUAUGGUUACUAAUAAGACGCUGGACAAUGGCUUUGCCGAAACCACGCAGACCAUUAAACGCGGCAGCCAGGAUACGUGCACGUUUUUGAAGGACGUCGGCGACCACAUGUACCACUUGCUGGUCUACAACUACGAGGAGUUCGAGACCCAUGUCACUGACCAACUAAACCAGGCCCACAAGCACAUCUUUUUGGAUUUGGCGGACACAUCCGAGAGCAACUCGUUGGCCGAGUUGGAGCGCAUCUUGGACAACAUGCCAGAGGCCCUCGAAUUGAUGCGAGAAGUGGAAAAACUGGAAACGGACCUUCGAUUCUAUGGCGCUCAGUUACGAGAUGGUGUUCGAGGCAUUAAACGGGACAUCAACUUUGCUGUGGCCAAUCUCUGCCAACUUCAGGCCUGUCAGAAAUUCUUGAUCACCAGCAACAUUGAGUACAUAGACACAUCCAAUUGUUUACAUUUUGACAAGAUGCCAAACACAUCGGCUUAUGUUUCGGGAAUGGAGGCGAUAGUAAAUGCGAAUUAUCGUCUUAUUCCUCAAGCGGGUCUGGCGCGCAUGCAGAAUAUCAACGAGAAAGUAAAGGUACACAUAGCGAACAUUCUCCCGCCCAUAGCGCAGGACUUGAACAAGGGCAAGACCACUUUCCGCGAUACGGCUACAGAUCUACGAAACAAGGUUGAGGCUAUGAUAAGUGAUAUCCACCUGAAGUCUGUACGGUCCGGCAAGUCCUUUGACGAUGUCUACGAGCGUUUUGGACCGGACCGUUCCGUAAUGAGUCUCAUUGCCUGCCUACUUAUACUACUGAUUCUGUUUAUCCUGGUGGUGGCACUGCUCUGCGGAUGUUUUGGACGCCGGAGAACUGGAUACGGAGACGACUGUUGCAGCAAGGCCACAGGCGCAUCUUGUUUACUAUUUGCCAUAUUGUUAAUAUUCUGCGUUUUCUCGUUCCUCACUCUGAUUGGACUUUUCUACUUUAUUGUGGGCUUCGUGACGUACCAGGGUGCCUGUGCGCCAUUACGAGAUCAGGAGAAUAACGCCUUGUUCCGCCAACUGGACUCGGCCAUUAACCUGAAUGACUAUUCGCCCUCGGGUGGCGAUGAUGACGAUCGGCCUCCGAUGAGGAUGUCGAGUGCAAUAAAGGCAUGUAAUGCCAACCAGACCAUAUUCAAUGUCUUACGCGACAAUCGGGUCUACGACAUCCGUGAUUUGUCGCGCGUGAAAAUCUUGACGGAACCGGACGAGGAAGCCGAUCCGAACAGGUUCUUCGAUGAGGAUCUCUCCAAAAUCGUAUUGUUGACUCAGCAAGAACAAAAAGAUCUGACCAGUAUAAAGGAUACCAACUUGUCCCAAUACCACAGCGCCAUGUACUUGACGAACCUGUGCAAUCAGUUCACCCCCAUGAAUCUGAAUGCUCUCGCCGAGCAAAUGUACAAGCUCUCCAACGACCUGGAGUAUCCGACGUACGGCUGGGCGAAGGUCUCCUUCUGGAACGAGGGCCUCAACACCAAGGCCUUCCACCGAAACUUUGUGCCCAAGCUGAACAGCAUUGUCGAGAAGAUGAGACACAACCUGAAAAAGAUUGACGAACUGAUUUUGUACGACAACCGAGAUUUCGCUACCAGCAUCGACAUCCUGACCACGACCGCCAUCGCCUCGGAGCAAUUCAUCAAGACUCGCGGCAAGGAGUACAUAAACACGAUCGCCGCCAACAUGACCGAAUCCAUUCACGUGGACUACGAUAAGUACGUGGACAUGAUAAUCAAUGAUGCCGAGAAUAGUGUGGGACACUGUGCACCGCUGUCGUACAUCUACUAUCGUGGAGUCGAUCACAUCUGCCAUCGUCUAGUGGACCCUAUUAAUGGUUUCUGGGUGGGCAUCCUGCUGUGUGCGCUGCUCCUCCUGCCAAUCCUGUUUGUGGCCCACAAACUAAUGUGCUUGUACAAGAAGAUCUAUCCGUAUCUAGCUUCCGUUGGAGCCGUCGGAGUGGUUGAGGGCGGCAGCGACUAUAUGUACGACGCUUACAGCGAACGCGAUCGUGAACACGUUCCAUUGGCAAAUGUCCCCAAGAAGCGGCGCAAGGCCUACGAGCGCCGACGAGAGCAGCAGGACUACUACGAGGACGCCUCGCCCAGUGUGUCGCGGAACCGCUCUGGCGGAGAUCGUGGCGGCGGUGGUGGUGGUGGACGGGAUGAUGCCCCGGGAAGCAGCAGCAUGCGCUACAACGACAUGGCUCCCACGCACUGGGACCACGAGCCGCCACGCUACCACAACCCGCCGGCUGCGCCGCCAUCCUCGGAGUACGAGCGUCCGCCACCCUACUACUAUCCGGGUGCCUCCGAGCAGGACUAAGCGGACGGAGCCAACAGAGAGGAGGCAACAUGGAGGAGAGAAUGAUUUUAUUUUGAACCAUCGCAGUAACCCGACCCCCAAUACCCUACUUCUGUGCCCCCCUUACUGAGACUGUACUUUUAGUUAAAAGCGUAAACGGAAAAUAACUGAAAUUAUAUAAUUUAAAUAAGUAGUAUUGUAGCAA